UGUCUUGGUAGGUCUGCAGUUGGUCCAUCCUCUGUUCAUGUUCAGAUGAUGGAUUGAACAGAGCUCUGGGAGAUGUUUACAGCUUUGGAUAUUGUUUUACAACCUAGCCCUGCUUUUAGCUGAACCGGAACUUUCUCCCUGACCUUUCUGCUGGGUUCCUUGGUCUCCAUGAUUCAAUUUGUCCCUCGAAUGUGAAGCCGGUGUACUAUAAUGCGCCACUCCUUGUUGGCUUCUCAAAUAAAAUCUGAAUAAUUUAUAUUAGGUUUGUGGUUGGAGCUUGAUAUAUUGUGGAAAAGUUCAAGGGGUCUGAAUACUUUCCCGAGAAGUUUUAAGUUCUGUAGUUUUUGAGUAUUCGGUUACUUCAGAAGCUCCCAGGAGGAUUCACUCAUCCGACCUACAGCGGUAAAGAAUGAAAGACUGAUUUAACGUGAUCUAGAAGACCAACAGGGGGCGUCUCCUCUCCGUGCCCCCCUUCUGUUGCGGCGCGCUGGGUGGAGGAGGUAUUGGGGAUCUCCUCCUAGACAACAAACCCACAUUCAAAGCGGGGCACACGAAUUACAUCACGCUGCGUGCGGAGGAUAAAAUGAGGCGGCAGCUGCAGCUCAACGCGUUUCUGUACAGGACACCAGCGGAGCAUCAUGCGGAGCGCAGGGAAACAGCCGAUCUUUGCCACGCAGCUCUUCAGUAAAACCGAGCUCCACUGAUGUUUUCCUGCUCCGGGGGAGUUUCAUGAUGGGAAAGUGAAUUGUGAGGGAUUCUGGACACGCAAUUUUGGAGACAGCUGGCGCGUAAAGUUGCCUGUUCGCAGCUCCGUGUGCGCGCUGAUCCCGCAGUUUGACAUGGAUCAGCCUCAGCAUUGCGCAACCGUGUGUCUGCUGAUGCUGUCUCUUGGACUCCUGAUGGACACAGCGAUCUGUCAGCACUUCUAUCUUCUCCGCCCCAUUCCGAGUGACAGUUUGCCGGUGGUGGAUUUAAAGGAGGACCCGGAUCCGGUCUUUGACCCCAAGGAACGGGACCUUAACGACACCGAGCUCAGGAGCAUCCUGGGGGACUUUGACAGCCGCUUGCUGUCCGUGUCGCCUCCCGUGGAGGACAAACACCCGGGGUCCGACGAGUCUGAUCACUUUGACAUCGUGAAGGCGGGUGGAGUUCUGCCGAAGGAGAUCCGGGCGGUGGAUUUCGAUGUGCAGAUCGGCAAAAAGCACAAGCCGAGCAAGAAACUGAAGCGACGGCUGCAGCAGUGGCUGUGGGCCUACACCUUUUGCCCGGUGGUCUACACCUGGACCGACUUGGGCGUCAGGUUCUGGCCAAGGUACGUCCGGGUUGGUGGUUGCGUGAGUAAAAGGUCGUGUUCCGUUCCAGAGGGGAUGGUAUGUAGACCCGCGAACUCAGCGCACCUGACGGUGCUGAGGUGGAGGUGCGUGCAGAGGAAAAGCGGGCUGAAAUGCGCGUGGAUCCCGGUGCAGUACCCGGUCAUCACAGGCUGCAAAUGCGCCUGCGCCAGUUGAAAAGGACGCUGUGAACUCUAAAUUAUAAACUCAGUCAUUUCAUCAUCCUCUUGAUUUCCCCACCUGCACUACAUAAUGUGAGAAUGUAUUUCUGUAACUGCGUGACCAUGCAGUUUUCUAUAAAACAUCCUGUACAAAGUCAGUAUUAUUUGUAACCAGAGUCUACUUUAUUUGUGCAGAAUAUUGGUUUUAUAUAUUUUGUAUUUAUGGAGAAGUGGCGCACAGAGCCACGCACGGACUUUGUGUUGGAUGAAGCAGAUCAAUCUGAGACUAUGAUUGUUGAUACAGUCAUGUAUCAGCGACUUGUUUUAUCCUGCAAAUUUGGGAAAUAUUUAUUCUUUAUAUUCGUACAAUAAAACGACACUGACAUGAUUAUAAAA